CACUCUAACGCCCACACACCACCAAAAACUGUCACUGUGGAAGACUCUCCUUCGCACUUCCUCUAGCUGAGUAACGGGUAUUAGAUAGUCGAGGAACUCGACUAAAGCGGUUUCUCUUGUUAUAUCUACUGACGUAUUGUUAAGAAGUGAGAGAGGGUAUUUCCCUAUUAGAAUAUAUAUAGUUUCCCUUUCUUAAAACAUUGCUUAGACCAACAAAUAACUAAUUGGACAAUGUGAAAGUCAAUCAAUCGCCUCUCAAUAAAUUUUCGCCGCUUAAUUUGACUCAUUAAAUAUUUAUCUGUCCAACAAACACUUGAACAAUUUUAAUUAAAAUAUUGAGCUCCGUCUCGCGAGUCCUGCCAAAAGGACUGCCACCACACACAGGAUGAGUCCACACCUUGCCCGCGCGCCAACAAUAACACCAGGAGUUACCGAAUUGGCAAUGAGGAAAGCCAAAACGAAAGUCUAGACAAUGGAAAUCAAAUCGAAUUUAUUUUUCAUUUUUUGUACUUUCGCGGAUUUAACAAAUUGGAUAGUAUGGAGUAAAAUCGCAUAGAAAGGGCGUUUGGCCUGAGUUGAUACUUGAUUAUAAUAUUUUACAUUGGGGGUAGAGCAAAGUAUAAGCGUUAAUUCUGGCAGACAUUCGAUUUAUGGCUGCGACGUGCUGAUAACUCAUGAUUCUACGUAUAUUGUUUCUGUGCACAACUGUACUUGAUUAGGGAAGGAACAACCGAAAAAAAAGUCAUCGUAGCUGGGAUAACUGGUAGAGGUACUAGUUUUAAUUACUAUUAAAUUAUUUUUACGUUUAAUUUAUUCACCUAACAAUUAAUAUUUAUGGAUGGGGUAAAUUUAAUUGAGGCAGAGGCAACUGUACUAAAUUAUAACUAAACACGAACGGGCUGCAAUUAUAUAAUCCUUUGUAGUGUGGUAAGUGCUUUAAUAUAUGUACUUGACACAUAGUAGGGUGGAGGCCAGGGUCUAUUCAUUGAGGAGGUGCAGCACAACUACUUUUUUAUUAAGCAAGGGACAACUGUACCUGCUAUUCUAUUGGCAACUGUACUACCGACUGUAGUAUGAGUGGUUGUGCCCUGCCCUCGAGUCUUUGGUAGGUGCAGUCUAAAGCUUUGGUUAUUUGGUAAAUAUGCGAAGACGCCACGCCCCAUAUGGCAGGAAGCAUAUAGGGGGCGUUGCUGCUAUUGCAGUUUUUCCCAGCCUUGCUGCUAUUGCUCGAUAUUUAGCUUUGCCUGGUAUUUUGUGUUUUAUUGUGUCGUGUUUGCUGCACGUUGUUUGGCCAAGGACUAGGGGUCCUGGGAGUAUAUAGCCUCCUUGCAGCGACUGGGUAUAUAGGUAUGUAUGUGGAACUAGGGCUAGGGGUUAGUUGCAACAAACAACAGCAAACUGCAGCACUAGCAAGCUGUCUUGCUCCCACACUCAUUGGGAAGAAAGAUGUAGCUUUCUUGCUCGCUCUCUUCCUAUCUCUUUCUUUCUCUCCUUCAUUUCCCAGUGCUCUCUAUUGUUGUUUAUUUAAGUUUUUAUGUGUGCCUGUUUAGUUAACGGUAUAUUUUGCCGGCAUUCAUUCUCCCUCGCUCGCUCUCUCUCUCACUGGUUUUUUUCUGCGCAUGUCUUCUGCGCUGCACUUCACUGUUAGUUGCAUAUAGUUACUGCAAGUCGUUAGUUUUUUGGCAGCAGCAAAUAAAAUGUUUAUAUGCUAUUUACUCAAAACAAUUUUAAAUAAAAUACAAGCCGACGAGCUUCUGGCUCUCUUUCUAUCCAGGACUCGGGCGAGUAACGGUACGGCGCUCGCUUAAGUUCUCUCUCUGCUGCAAGUGUGAGAGAGCCUUCCAAGGCGCUGCAACUGGAAUUGUCUUCGUGCCUGUUGCUUGCUUCCUUUUCUUGCUCUCUCUAUCUCUUUCUUCCUCGUUGCUCCUGUUUUUGUUGUUGUUGAGGCGUGGGCUUUUCUUGCUGGUUGGCUCCUGUUUUGUUGUGUUGUGUUUCUGGAAACUGACGCCCUGUCUAUGGCUUGUUGUUGUCAGCGUGUUGGUGUGCUCGUACCGCUCUCCCAUUGGCCGACUUGGCCAACUCGGGUUGGUUGUUUGUACCGUUAUGUGUGCCCCCCCCCCCCCCCCCCCCCCCAGUGACUGUAACUCUUUUUUCGUGUUUAUGUGAGCUUUCCUAUUGUUGUUCGCCGUGGCGAAUUGCACACAUUGGUGUAGGUGUGGCAAGUGGAAUAGCUCCUGCAGGCUGCAACCACUAAAUAAACUCCCCCCACACUGCAGUGUAUCUAAUUUCCCUCCAGAAGCAAUUGAUUUAUAUUUUCUUGUCUAGAACUCUGCGCCUGGUCGUCAUCUUGCCGAAUGGCUGAAGACAUUACGGUUGAUAUAAGUGCACUAAAUCGCCCCAUCCCGUUUUCUUAGCUAUUUCGGAAGUCUAUAACACCUAACCAUUCCUUUUUCCAUUUUUUACAGACACAAUAUUUUGACCUCUUUGAUGUAGUUUUUAAAAUUGUAUAGAUCUCCUUAUAUUAAAAUUUGGUCUCCACUUAAAAUUUCCCAAUUUUCUUGUGUCCCUACCGAAUCACCAAAAAGGUUGGUUAUUGGCCUUUAAACACAAUAAAAAAUGAAGUCAUUUUGCAAUAACAUUAACCUUUGAUAAUGUUAACAUUUUAAAAUGUCCUUGUCCAGUUAUUCUUUUUAAAAGGUGGUUUUUUGGUGUGAUUUCUAUUAAAUUGUUAUUUAAUUUAAUAUUAAUUUAAUUUAAAAUUAUUUAUAUUGGCCCUUAGAGCUUUGAAUUCUCUUAUCUUAUCAUUAAGUUCAUUGUGAUUCCUACAGACUUAUUACCGAAGUCACACAGGUCAGGUACAUCCCCUGAGGGGAAUCCUAUUUGUGCCAUUAUCGCAAAAUACCAGUCUUAUUUAAAUGGGUGCAUUUUACAUUCAUUAUCAGUCAUCCAAGAUGAGGUUUCUAACAGUUGUUGUGAUGUUAGCUAUUGUUGCAGCACAAGCCUGCCAAAAUCACGAGGAGUUCAAAGGUCAACCACCAGGCGAUUAUAAUCGCAGACCGUCUUCGAAUCCCUAUGCUUAAGGCACAUAAUGCAUGUGAUAAAAAUAAACAGGAAAUGCUGAGUUGGUUGCCAAAUAAGCAAUAUAACUCCGCUGAAACGAAAAAUAAAACAAAAAGGCCAAACAGAAACGUUUUUAAAACUAAUAAAUAUACACAUUUACAUUUGCAACAAAGAUAUUUCUAUUGUUUCUUGUGUUUAGUUUUUCCCAUAAAAGGUACAAUAUAAUUUUCCGCAUCCAAAAAAGUAUAGAUAAAUAGCUUAUCUAAUCACAUAUGUACAUAUGUAUAUUAUAUACCCAUUUAGGCAUAUAUAUAAAUGUUUAAAAAUACAUGCAUCCCACUAACGCAAUGUCUAUUUAUACGAUUAUAAAGUAUUCAGUGCGCAUUGGUUUCAUUUGCCCACUUCAUAUUGCUAACGAGACUCUUUUUAAUGUCAUGACAAUGCACUUCUUGCACAUCAAUGAGUAGGUAACUACAAUAGGUGGAAAAUAAAGCCGGUAAAUGUUACCGAACCUUGUUAGGGUCACUAAAAGAGGCGUAUUCAUGACGGGGAUGUAGCUCAGAUGGUAGAGCGCUCGCUUAGCAUGUGAGAGGUACGGGGAUCGAUGCCCCGCAUCUCCAAAGGAUUUUUUUUUAACCGUAAUAAAAUAUUUUAUAUAGCUUAACUUCCCUUUUAAUAUUAUACAUUUUUUUAUCUAUUCCAAAUUGAUAAUUAGAUUAGAUUAUAAUAUUAUGUAAUUAUGCCAUAGCUAAUAACUACAAUAUUGAAAUACGGAUCCAGAAAAUUAAACUAAAUUCACUAU